AUGGGAGAGUGUCCAUUUGCUCACCAGGCCAACGUCGAUCGCAAGCGCGUUCCCGCUGCGGGUUUUGGUACUAAGAACAGCGAUUGGUGGCCUAACGCUGUCAAGCUCAAUGUGCUCCGUCAGCACCAGGCAAAGUCGGAUCCGUUCAAUGCAGAGUUCGACUAUGCUGCUGCCUUCAACAGCCUUGAUUACGAUGCUCUCAAGAAGGACCUCACCCAUCUGAUGACUGAUUCGCAGGACUGGUGGCCUGCCGACUAUGGUCAUUACGGUGGCUUCUUCAUUCGAAUGUCGUGGCACGCUGCCGGUACUUACCGUGUCCAAGACGGUCGCGGCGGCGGAGGAGAGGGUCAGCAGCGAUUCGCUCCCCUCAAUUCGUGGCCAGACAACGGAAACCUGGACAAGGCUCGUCGCCUCUUGUGGCCUAUCAAGCAAAAGUACGGCAACAAGAUCUCGUGGGCAGAUCUCCUGCUCCUUGCGGGCAACGUCGCUCUCGAGUCGAUGGGCUUCAAGACGUUUGGUUUUGCCGGCGGUCGUGCUGACACUUGGGAGGCUGACCAGUCCACCUACUGGGGUGGCGAGACCACUUGGCUCGCAAACGACGUCCGUUACGAGGAGGGCACCAAGAACGGUGGCGACAUCAACGACCUCAAGAACCGCAAUCUCGACCACGCUCUUGCCGCCUCGCACAUGGGUCUUAUCUACGUCAACCCCGAGGGACCCAACGGUGAGCCUGACCCGGUUGCUGCCGCCCACGAUAUCCGCACCACCUUCGGCCGCAUGGCCAUGAACGACGAGGAAACCGUCGCUCUUAUUGCCGGAGGCCACACCUUUGGCAAGACUCAUGGUGCUGGUAACCCAGAUCUCGUCGGCCCCGAACCCAACGGCGCUCCCAUCGAGGCUCAGGGCUUCGGUUGGACCAGCAAGCAUGGUUCUGGUAAAGCUGGCGAUGCGAUUACCUCGGGUCUCGAGGUUGUCUGGACUAGCAAGCCUACCGAGUGGUCCAACCUCUACCUCAAGUACCUCUUUGAGUUCGAGUGGGAGCACGACAAGUCGCCCGCUGGCGCCAACCAGUUUGUCGCCAAGAAUGCCGACGCCAUCAUCCCCGAUCCCUUCGACCCAUCCAAGAAGCGUCGUCCUACUAUGCUCACCACCGAUCUAUCGUUGCGCUACGAUCCUGCCUACGAGAAGAUCUCGCGUCGCUUCCUUGAGAACCACGACGAGUUUGCCGACGCCUUUGCCCGUGCCUGGUUUCAACUGCUCCACCGUGACAUGGGUCCUCGCGCCCGCUGGCUUGGACCCGAGGUGCCCAAGGAGAUCCUUAUCUGGGAGGACCCCGUGCCUACCGCCGAUUACGCUCUCGUGGACGACCGCGACCUUGCCGGCUUGAAGCAGGCUAUUUUUGCCACUGGCGUCGAGCCUUCCAAGUUCCUUGCCACCGCCUGGGCUUCCGCUGCCAGCUACCGAGACAGUGACAAGCGCGGCGGUGCCAACGGUGCUCGCAUCCGCCUUGCACCGAUGAAGGACUGGGAAGUCAACAAUCCUCAGCAGCUCGCUGAGGUCAUCAAGGCUCUCGAGGGCGUUCAGCAGCAGUUCAACUCUUCCAACCAAGGUGGCAAGAAGAUUUCGAUUGCUGACUUGAUCGUUCUCGCCGGUAACGCAGCGCUUGAGAAGGCAUCGGGUCUCCCCGUUCCCUUCACUCCUGGUCGUACUGAUGCUACCCAGGAGCAGACCGAGGUCGACACCUUCGAGUUCCUCAAGCCGGUCGCCGAUGGCUUCCGCAAUUACGGCCAGUCCACCGACCGUGUUUGCGCUGAACAGAUCCUCAUUGACCGCGCCAACCUGCUCACUCUCACCCCUCCCGAGCUCACUGUCCUCAUCGGCGGUCUCCGCGCUCUUGGUCUCAACUACAACGGCUCGUCACACGGUGUCUUGACUCACCGCCGAGGCCAGCUCUCGAACGACUUCUUUGUCAACCUCCUCGACAUGAGCACCGAGUGGAAGGCUGCUGACGGUGGCAAGGGCGAGGUCUUCGACGGUGUCGACCGCAAGUCAGGCCAGAAGAAGUGGUCUGCUACCCGUGCCGAUCUUGUCUUUGGCUCUCAGGCUGAGCUUCGUGCCCUCGCCGAGAACUACGCUCAGGCCGACAACGCCGACAAGUUCAAGAAGGACUUUGUGACUGCCUGGAACAAGGUUAUGAACCUGGAUCGUUUUGACGUCAAGAAGAGCAACAUUGCCCGUGCCAGGUUCUAA